CGGGCGGCCGCCACUGCCAGCCGCGCCGAGGGACCUCCGGGCGGCGAAGAGCAGUUUGAACCAUGGAGACUGGCUCGGUAGUUCGAGCCAUCUUUGACUUCUGCCCUAGCGUAUCAGAAGAGCUGCCCCUCUUUGUGGGAGAUGUCAUCGAGGUGCUGGCAGUGGUGGAUGAAUUUUGGCUUCUAGGAAAGAAGGAGGACGUUACAGGACAAUUCCCCAGCAGUUUUGUGGAAAUUGUGACCAUCCCCAGUCUAAAAGAGGGAGAGAGGCUGUUUGUCUGCAUCUGUGAAUUUACAUCCCAAGAAUUCAAUAGCCUUCCCCUCCAUCGAGGUGACCUGGUGAUUCUUGAUGGCACUUCCACUGGAGGCUGGCUGCAGGGCAGAAGCUGCUGGGGUGCCCGGGGCUUCUUCCCAUCUUCGUGUGUCCGGGAGCUCUGCCUCUCAUCUCAAAGCCGGCAGUGGCACUCACAGAGUACACAGCUUCAGAUUCCUGAAUAUUCCAUGGGUCAAGCGCGUGCCCUGAUGGGGCUUUCUGCCCAGCUGGAUGAGGAGCUGGACUUCAGGGAAGGGGAUGUGAUUACCAUUAUUGGAGUUCCUGAGCCAGGCUGGUUUGAGGGGGAGUUAGAGGGUCGAAGAGGCAUUUUUCCAGAAGGUUUUGUAGAACUUUUGGGGCCUUUGAGGACUGUGGAUGAGUUGGUAAGUGCUGGAAAUGGAGAAGACUGCAUUGCUAAUGGUGAGGUAGAUAUUCCUCUUGGAGAAGAAGAAAGAGGGCCAGAUGAAGAGGAUGAGCAAUCAGGGGCCUAUGGAAUUGCCCUCUACAGAUUCCAAGCCCUGGAGCCGAAUGAGUUGGAUUUCGAAGUAGGGGAUAAAAUUAGAAUACUGGCAACCUUGGAAGAUGGCUGGCUAGAAGGAUGGCUGAAGGGCAGGACAGGCAUCUUUCCUCACAGAUUUGUAAAGUUAUGUCCUAACACCAGAGUGGAAGAAACCAUGGCCCCACCCCAGGAAGGCAGCCUCACCAAGACCCCAGAAAGCUCUUUGGAUGAUUUGGAGAACACGGUAGUAAUGGAGGAACCAAGAUGUGAAUCUCUUGAGUACACAGCAGAGAUGCCCAACUAUGUGCUUUCUGAAACUUCUACUUCUCCCCUAGAUCACCUGACUCCUGAAUGUGAUGUAAAUAAAAACUCUGAUCCAGGUGAAGUCUUCUCAGAAGGGUCCCCCAGAAGCCCAGGUGCAGAGCACAUAGAGCCUGUUGCGAAAGACCCUUCUGUGACUGAACCUUUUGAGGUGGUCAAUGGUAUUUACUCCCAACCUCAGGUAUCUUUUCAUUGCCAAUUGCAGAAAAACCAGUAUUAUUCUACUGUAGGAGGGAGCUACCAAAGUGCAGAACAGUUCUCUGGCCACUUUCCUCUAGAAGCCAGGACUAGAGACUAUUCCAGCCUACCUCCCAAAGGAACGUAUGCCCAGCAGAGAUUUCUUCAGAAGCCAGAGCCUCCCCUUCACAGGGGCUCUUCCCUUGCAGCCUCAAGGAUAGCCAAACCCAGCCAAUUGAGCCUUCAACUCCAGGGUAUGACAAGGUGUGUUAAAAAGCACCUAGCCUCCAAAGAAAAUGCCUCCAGCUUCUGCUCCUCAUCAGAGAGAUCAGAGAGGAAGCCUAGUCCAAAAGGCCAGGGAUCCACUGUGGAAGUAACAGCACUUCCACAGGGAGAUGGAAGCAUUGACCUGGACUCUAAGUUGACACAACAGCUGAUAGAGUUUGAGAAGAGCCUGUCAGGACCUAGUACAGAGAUAGACAAAAUUUCACGCCACUUUUCAAUCACAGACUUUAACUCUGAGAAGGAUAUUGUCCGAGGUUCCUCAAAGUUAAUUCCCCCACAGAUGCUACCUGAGAGAAGAAAAGCCCUAAGGCCACCACCACCUCGACCCUGCACUCCAUCAUCCACUUCUUCCCACUUGCUGGUUGACCAUAGCCCAAAACCUGCACCCCCCUUGGCUGUGAGGCCCUCUCGCCCAGCUCCCUUGCCUCCCUAUGCACAGCAGAGGAUGAAUGCAGCCUUUCCCAAGCCCCUUUCCUGUCACCAUCCUAGCUGGGACACUCCAGAGAAGGAAGACCCUGAGCAUAUGGAAAAGAGUCUAGACCAGACAUCCCUGUGCCCCUUGGUACUAGUGAGGAUCCAGGAAAUGGAACAGGACUUGGACAUGUACACCAGGGCUCAGGAGGAGCUGAACUUGAUGCUGGACGAGAAGCAGGAUGAAUCCUUAAGGUCGGAGACCCUUGAGAAUCUGGAGUUCUAUGAGAAUAACAUUGAAAGUUUGAAUCUGGAACUCCAGCAACUGAAAGAAAUGACACUCCUCUCCUCUCAGUCUUCUUCCCUGGUGGCUCCUUCUGGAUCUGUGUCCACUGAAAACCCAGAACAGAGGAUGUUGGAGAAGAGAGCCAAGGUGGUGGAAGAACUUCUUCAGACAGAAAGAGACUAUAUUCGGGACCUGGAAAUGUGCAUUGAGCGGAUUAUGAUUCCCCUGCAGCAGGCACAGGUACCAAACAUCGAUUUUGAAGGGCUUUUUGGAAAUAUGCCAAUGGUGAUUAAGGUCUCAAAACAAUUAUUAGCUGCCCUGGAAAUCAGCAAUGCUGUAGGACCCGUGUUUCUUGACCACCGGGAUGAACUUGAGGGAACAUACAAGGUCUACUGCCAGAAUCAUGAUGAGGCCAUUUCACUGCUGGAAAUCUAUGAGAAGGAUGAGAAGAUCCAGAAGCAUCUUCAGAACUCCUUGGCAGAUCUCAAGACCCUGUACAGUGAAUGGGGAUGCACCAAUUAUAUUAACCUGGGCUCCUUCCUCAUCAAACCAGUACAGAGAGUGAUGCGCUACCCGCUGCUGCUAAUAGAGCUGCUGAAUUCCACUCCAGAAUCCCACCCAGAUAAAGUGCCUUUAACCAGCGCAGUCCUUGCUGUCAAAGAAAUCAACGUUAACAUUAAUGAAUAUAAACGUCGAAAGGACCUGGUGCUCAAGUACCGGAAGGGUGAUGAAGAUAGCCUCAUGGAGAAAAUUUCCAAGCUGAACAUCCACUCCAUUAUCAAGAAAUCCAACCGAGUCAGCAGUCACCUGAAGCACCUCACUGGCUUUGCUCCCCAGAUAAAAGAUGAAGUAUUUGAAGAAACAGAAAAGAAUUUCCGAAUGCAAGAAAGAUUGAUUAAAUCUUUUAUUCGAGACCUCUCUCUCUACCUCCAGCAUAUCCGGGAAUCAGCUUGUGUGAAAGUGGUGGCUGCCGUGAGCAUGUGGGACCUGUGCAUGGAGAGGGGACACCGCGACCUGGAGCAGUUUGAGAAGGUGCAUCGCUACAUCAGUGACCAGCUCUUUACAAAUUUUAAGGAGAGGACAGAGCGGCUUGUCAUCUCUCCCUUGAAUCAGUUACUGAGCAUGUUUACAGGGCCUCACAAGUUGGUACAGAAGCGCUUUGACAAGCUUCUGGACUUCUACAACUGCACAGAACGGGCAGAGAAGUUAAAGGACAAGAAGACCCUGGAGGAGCUCCAGUCUGCCCGGAACAACUACGAGGCCUUGAAUGCACAGCUGCUGGACGAGCUGCCCAAGUUCCAGCAGUACGCCCAGGGCCUCUUCACCAACUGCAUCCAUGGCUACGCCGAAGCCCACUGCGACUUUGUGCAACAGGCGCUGGAACAGUUGCAGCCGCUCCUUUCAUUACUCAAAGUUGCCGGCAGAGAGGGGAACCUGAUCGCUAUCUUCCAUGAGGAGCACAGCAGGGUUAUGCAGCAACUCCAGGUCUUCACCUUCUUCCCAGAGUCUCUCCCAGUUACCAAAAAGCCUUUUGAGAGGAAAACGACAGACCGCCAGUCAGCUCGAAAGCCCCUCCUGGGCCUGCCAAGUUACAUGCUACAGUCAGAAGAACUCAGAGCCUCCCUGCUGGCAAGGUAUCCCCCCGAGAAACUCUUCCAGGCAGAACGGAACUUCAAUGCUGCUCAGGACUUAGAUGUCUCACUUUUGGAAGGUGACCUGGUGGGUGUGAUCAAAAAGAAAGACCCCAUGGGCAGUCAGAACCGUUGGCUGAUUGACAAUGGAGUCACCAAAGGCUUUGUGUACAGCUCCUUCUUGAGGCCGUACAAUGCUCGACGCUCAGAUGCCUCUGUGGGCAGCCACUCCUCCACUGAGUCAGAGCACAGUGGCUCCUCCCCAAGAUUCCCACGACAGAAUAGCAACAGCACCUUAACCUUCAAUCCCAGCAGCAUGGCCGUGUCCUUUACAUCUGGGCCUUGCCCAAAGCAGCCUCAAGAUGCAUCUUUGUUGAAGGAGUAUGACCAAGGAAUUCUCAGUGCAUCCUUGAACCUGAGCAGUCCAGAGAGUGGCCUUUCCAGGUGCCCUUCAGAUCCAGACCCCACCUGCCAGCCCAGGCCAGGGGACUCUGUCGAUGCGGCCAGAGAUAUAAACCAACCUGCUGCCGCCCUGAGGAGCUGCUGCCGAAGCUCAAGGCAUCCAGAGGUGGUUGGUUCCUCUGUACCAGGACGAAAUGGGCAAGGUAGAGACCUUGUAAAAGGAUGUACACGAGCAGCCCAGGCUCUGGAAGAUAGAAAUGAAGAGCCAGAGAGCAGUGAGGCAAAGGGCAACCAGGUCUAUUUUGCUGUCUACACCUUCAAGGCACGAAACCCAAAUGAGUUGAGUGUGUCAGCCAAUCAGAGACUCAGAAUCCUGGAGUUCAAAGAUGUCACAGGCAAUACAGAGUGGUGGUUAGCUGAAAUUAACGGGAAGAAAGGCUAUGUCCCAUCCAACUAUAUCCGCAAAGCCGAGUACACCUGAUCCUGGUGUGCCUGCCGCUCAACCCUGCUGCCUUGGCUUUCAGUCUGCUGAAAGGUUCUGGUGGGCCGCCAAGAGGCACCUGCGCCCAAGACCCAGGCCCUGCCACAUUGCUUAGCCAUGCAUGGUAGGGCACAAGACAAGUCUUGUUCUCCUUGAUUGGGUUGUAAACCUUGAUGCUCACUAGAAUUUCUAGAGUUUGAAAUGGACCCUGGGGCUUGCCAGUGAUUCAGUGACCAUGAGAAGAGAGGCAAGUGCAGGGGUCGGCCUUUGGAAGUGAGAAAUUUCCAGUCAGAAGACCAGUGUUCUGUAUAUGCAGGAAGCUGUGCUGGCAUCGGUUGUAACCUACUGAGUCUGGGGUGGCCCCGUGCUCCACGAUCACCUGACCUGAAGCUGUGACUUGGAUGAAGUAAAGCCAGGCUCUCUGAGCCCCUUUAGGUUGUGAUUCUGCUGGUGGCAAGGAGCUUGUCAGGAUUGCACAGAGCCUGGUGUUUCAACGCUUCCGAGACACCUCCAGUGUCUAGCACACAUUUUCUGUCUCUCUUCAUACACAAAUACCCCCAAUUUACAAAGCCGCUAAAAUACAGUGUUUUGUUUCACUGUGUUCCGAAAUUGGUUAUACAAAACUCAACCGCUUUCUUCUACCAAUAAGUAUUAAAGGUCUUUAUUUUCCUUUCAUCUGGAAGUUCCUCCCUUGCUAGAUGCAUCUGUGUAUGCCGUCUCGUGGCCACCUCUCCCUGUACUGAGUAACCGAUAGAAUUCUCUAGAAUAACAGGGUCAGAGCUCCAGUCAUCCAUUAAAAGUAUUGGUUCUAUAUUAAUCUCAAACCAGUCAGGCCUGGUGGAAGAUUAGGUGCCUUUUUCCUUCAAAGUACACUACCACCAUUUGGUUAUAUCUGCAGAUGCAGAAGACAGUCCAUGGGACUUAGGAGUCAGGAUACACGGUCCCAGAAGUAGCUCAUCCUAGAUUAGUUUCACCACUAACCUCCAUACUUCAGAGACAAUAUUGAAAGUCAAACAGAUUCCAAAGUGCCUGUCAAGACCCCCCGCCCACCCAGUCACAGGAAGAUUCUUGCUAAUCCCUUACCCUAAUAAUCUGUCCCUAAAAAUCCUGUUUUAGCAGAGCUCCUGUACUUGAGAUCUUCCCUAGAUACGAAGCCUAGCUUGGAAUUUGAAACUGAAAUUUGUUUAAGAAAAGGAAUUAAAAACAGCCUCACAGCCACUACUCCUCCAACCACACAUUUGGCCUUAAAAUCCUGGUGAAUCAGGAGACCCCAUGGACUCCUUGGCCACAGCAUCUGCUGGUGUCGGGCAAUAAUGCAAGGUCUCCUGUGAAAAGUGUUUAUAUUUGGAGAUGUCUAUAUUUAAGUAGUUAUUUUCUAAAUAAAAGCUUUUCUAAUGGCCA